AUGGUGAAGAUCCAUUCAACGGUGACAAAACGCAUUAGUAAAUCGUUGGAGGCGCGACUUGGCGGUGAAUCGGAUUCUACCCAGACGAGUGGUCGGGAGAAUUCCCAGGCCAUGCAUGACAUGAAUGGAGCGCUGAAUUCGAUGAACGCCAAGCUUUUCUGGCUAUUGACUGUGGUCCCGACGAUAGUGCUCAUCCUCGCCGGAGAGUUCAACUGGGUCAAGCGUGAUCUUCGGCGCUUAACGGACUUCUGUGGAUCCCGAGAAAGUUCACGGUUCGACCUGGAACUCCGGAGCUCAGGCAUCUCUCUCUCCUAUCAGCAAGCCUCGGGUCAGGCAUUCAGCCCACGUCUCGGCGGAGAUUUCGACAAGCGUGAAACUUGUGCUUCGGGCCGUACAGCGAUGAGCGCUGAUUUCCUAACCUCUCCGCUGAGCGAAUAA